AUGUCUGAGCCUACAUUCCACACCUUCGCACUGGUAGGUUUUGGAGGCCGGGUGUUGGACACGGCCCUGGCAACGGACUUUGUGAUGGUCGCGAAGAAGUUCAUGGCAGACGGGCUGAAUCCGACAUGUCUCUCAGGAACCCAUCUUUAUGAUAUCACAAAUAUGUCCGGGCCGUUUCUUUUCGGGCGAGAGGACUUGAGAGAGAGAGUCCCUAUUUACGACAGCCAGGAGGCCAUGAGGCCAUUCUAUCGGCUAGAGGCCCACGGCCUCAAAUCACACAUCAUGAACUGGAUCAGAAAUGCCUCCAGCCAGGUAGGCCCUGGCGAUCGCAUUAUAAUCGUUCUGAUCGGGCAUGGUAACCAGGGAGACGGCGCUGUCACGCUAUAUCCUCAGCACGCAAAACAAGAGUUUCUGUCCAAAGCCGAGAUGAUUGCCGCUCUCUCUGUCUUGCCGCCUAAUGUCCGCCUCCUGAUCGUCAACGAGGCUUGUUACUCUGGUACGUGGGCCACGAUAGCCCCCGAGGUAGGCGCCCAGCGAGAUGUUCUUGUCGAGACAGCAGCCACCCUCGGCGAGCAGUCCUGGAGCUAUACCUCGGGCUCCGGCCGAAACCGGUGCUCUUUAUUCGGAGCGGCGUUUGUGGAGGAGCUUACCACCCACCCUGAAGGGAGAAUCUCCCAGCAUCGCAGUCGAAUAGUCGAUGAGAUGCGCCAUGUUGGGCCUGACCAGAAAACCUCUACACCGCUGGUGAUCCCCUCCACCCGCGCUCUUCUGUCCCACAAUAUCUCGCACUUCAUCCUCACACCGAAAAUUGCGACUGCGAUCACGAAUGUGGCUUCUGCUCAGGAUCGUCAUGAGGCACUUCUGCAAUCACGGACCUCUGCCCGGACUUUUUGGAGAAGACUUCGUCGCAGGGUGAGUCCAGAACGAGAACCAGUGCAGGCGUUAGUGGGAGACAGCCCGGUGAAAAAUAGCACCGGUACCGACAUGAAAGCUAUCGUUAUAGAAAACUACCUGAAAGACCUCGGGCCGCUAAAGAGUGCACUCGACUAUUGCACCCUUGCAACUGCCUGUCAGCUCGCUCUUGAAGGCCGUGGGCCUCCGGAAUUCCAAGACCAGGUGAUAGCUACUAUUGCCUGGCAGGCGGCCCAGAUACAACGGGUUGGCCGGUUGCUGGAACAUCUGGCCAAGCAGGGACUGAUCACAGAUGUAGUCGACGUGGAAAUAGCCGAUCAAGCACUGGCGGACCACCAAGCAGACGUCGUGGUGCCCAUGGUGGAGAGGUUUCGGGAAGACGACAAGCUGUUGUGUAUAAUGAACCCCCCAUCUAAAGGCCAUGUUGGUGUCCACUUCAACGAUGCACAGGGUUGGCUGAUUGGGAUCUUGGCUUAUAACUGGCUGAUGUACCCGGACAAGUUCGAUCUCGAUCGCGUGGAGAACGAGGUGCUUGCGUUUUUGGCUUAG